AUGGGCGGUGUGAGAGAAUUUCUGCUCUUUGUGCUGACUGUGGGGGUCUUCAAAGGUUGGUUCACUAAUGUUUUAUUUGGAUUGAAGGGUUUUGUUUGGGAAACAUGUUGAACUUUGUAAGUUGGAGAUUCAAAUUUGACUGUCUGUUUCUUCCACGUUGGUCAUCUUUUUUGUUCACUGCUAUUAAAUAUAUGUAGCUAUUUUGUGUCAACUCAACUUCUGUCAACUCUUUCUCCUCAGUUUCUUGUUCCCCUGUUGGCAAGUCCCAGAAACAAGAUCAAGUCUCUCUGCAGAGGAGACUUGGAGGUAAGCGUUUCUUCCCCUAUGUUAUCCCAUCCCUUCUAGCAAUGUUCUUUGCUGCUGUGUUUUAAACUAAUUCAACACCGUAGAGUAACCCAGUCUAAAUAACAAAUGUUUAGAAUCUUUUUUUAAACCAGAAGUUAUCAAACCCUUUGCUGUUGAUUUUGAAAAUUUGCUUGUGUACCUGAACCUACGUUUUUCAGAGCUGUCAUCAAAUGACGUCUCCAUUGCAUAUGCUCCGAUCCAUAGGGUCUGAUGCUAAAGAAGCCAGAAAAUGUUAGGCCUGCAACAUUCGUUUAGAACUACGUCGGGUUCAGUGGGGUGCAAUGUUGCUGAACAUUCAAAUAGCAAUUUGGCCUAGACCGUGUAGAACACCCAACUGUUCCUCUUCUCUUUUUCUCUAGAGUAUUUGGAGACAAAUGAAGUAGCAUCCCAAGACUCUCCAAACUAUGGUAGCUCUCUGGCAAACGAUGACCUGGCCUCUGCUGAGAAGAUGAGACGCUGGUCUGAUGACUAUGGAAACUCUCCUACUGCCACAACCGCUUCAGAAGCCACAACUGGCACGUCCGACGACGCCGCUUCAGAAGCCACAACUGGCACGUCCGACGACGCCGCUUCAGAAGCCACAACUGGCACGUCCGACGACGCCGCUUCAGAAGCCACAACUGGCACGUCCGACGACGCCGCUUCAGAAGCCACAACUGGCACGUCCGACGACGCCGCUUCAGAAGCCACAACUGGCACGUCCGACGACGCCGCUUCAGAAGCCACAACUGGCACGUCCGACGACGCCGCUUCAGAAGCCACAACUGGCACGUCCGACGACGCCGCUUCAGAAGCCACAACUGGCACGUCCGACGACGCCGCUUCAGAAGCCACAACUGGCACGUCCGACGACGCCGCUUCAGAAGCCACAACUGGCACGUCCGACGACGCCGCUUCAGAAGCCACAACUGGCACGUCCGACGACGCCGCUUCAGAAGCCACAACUGGCACGUCCGACGACGCCGCUUCAGAAGCCACAACUGGCACGUCCGACGACGCCGCUUCAGAAGCCACAACUGGCACGUCCGACGACGCCGCUUCAGAAGCCACAACUGGCACGUCCGACGACGCCGCUUCAGAAGCCACAACUGGCACGUCCGACGACGCCGCUUCAGAAGCCACAACUGGCACGUCCGACGACGCCGCUUCAGAAGCCACAACUGGCACGUCCGACGACGCCGCUUCAGAAGCCACAACUGGCACGUCCGACGACGCCGCUUCAGAAGCCACAACUGGCACGUCCGACGACGCCGCUUCAGAAGCCACAACCGGCACGUCCGACGACGCCACAACUGGCUACUGA